AUGUCAGAGCUUGAUUCAAAUUGUCUAAUACCAGUUUUAGGAUCUGGAUAUGUAGGGAAGUCGUCUAUUCUGAUGAGAUAUUUGCAUGGAACCUUCUCUAACCGAUACUCAGAAACUGUGGAGGAAAUGCAUGUUCAACAAUACAGUAUCAAUGGAAAGAGGAGAUAUAUGAAUUUUUUGGAUACGGCAGGAAAUAUUUACUUUCCAGCUAUGCGGAAAAUAUACUUCUCAAAGGCAUUAGGAUUCAUUCUUGUAUAUUCAAUUUGCGAUGCGAGAUCUUUCGAAGAGAUUAAACGUAUUUGGGAGCAGAUAAAGUCUAUUAGAGAGAAUGUUUUGAGUAUACCUUGUGUAGUCGUUGGGAACAAAGCAGAUUCAGAGAACAAUAGAGAGGUAGAAACAUUUGAAGCAUUGGGAUGGGCAUGUAGUGAGAACCUUGGUGGGUGUUUUCUAGAGGUGUCAGCUAAAGACAACAAUGCUGUUAAAGAAAUAUUUGACAUUCUGUUAGAGCAACUAGGCAACACAAGAGCCAAACAAGCCACAACAUUUCGAAUUCGGUCAACAAGCUUAACACGGAAAGAAGAUAAGAGACAAAAGAGCAAGCACAUAAAAAAUAAAAGGAUGAAAACUUUUGAAAAAGUGGAGGCUUCCAGUAAAAGUUUCCAAAACACGAUGUUUGAAGACUACAAAGAGACUUAUAUCUAUAAAGUUCAACAGAAGCAAAAUAAAAUUCUGAAAUCCUUAUAG